AUGACUCGUCUAGAUGAUCAACAUAUAACUGACAAUCCAACAAUACUUGAGCUGGUCGAGAUAGCAGAAUCAAGUACUGUAGAAACCUCACCGAGUGAAGCAGCAACAACAGCAUUGGAGGUAGUCGAAACAACAGAAUCAAGUAUUGUAAAAACUUUGCCGACUGAAAUAACAACAGCAGCAUCUGAACUAGUCGACUCAAUAGUAUCAAAUACUGCAACAAGCCUGAUUAUUACAACUGUAAUGAUUGGUGUGGCUACGAUUGCGAAUGCCGCACAUGUUGAUGAUAACAAUAACACUCUAACUAUCAUUUUUGUCACUGUCCUUCCUAUCGUUUCAAUUUCACUAAUAAGCAUAAUCAUAUUGUUUAAAAUAUUAUAUUCCAGACGUUGUCGUGCUCGUAAUUUACGUUAUUUCUCUCGAAAUAAUCGAUACUAUUCAUCGAAAAACGGUGUAGAAUUGAAUAUUGUUUCAUUUUAUUAA